AUGAGUGUUGUUGCAACCAGACCGGAAACCCCGGCAGUAUCUUAUAGUUCUAUCCCUGAGAACCAGGUCGACUACUCCAUUCAACCAAUUGCCUCGCGAACCUCUUCGGUAUCUUCUUACAGAACAAAUUACAGCGCCUCCACCGCGCCUACCACCUACUCGCCAUCAUCACCUGCAUCAUCCUAUCGCCAAUUCGACUCCGUGGGCUCUAUCCCCAAAUUCACAGAACCAAUCCAACGACGAGUGCCCCAGGAAGUCUACGAAGCCAUCAUUCACCAUUUGGAAGAGUUGCACAAAGGGCAGCUCCAAACAGGAUGUACGACGUGUUUUCAACGCGAUCUGCAUGCAUUGGCUUUGACGUGUCGGUCUUGGGAAAAGGCAGUUAGAGGACCUUUAUACAACAGUAUUCACAUUGUCGGAAAUGACUCCCCGGCACAACUUAAGAAAUACCGUCUCAAGAGAGGGAGUCGUUUAAAGCUGCUGAGACGAACUCUACGCGAACGAAAGUUGCUGGCCAACCUGGUUUACGAGCUGCGGGUUCCCCAGUUAGAUUUGCUCUUCACAACGACAAAGCAAAGUGCACAAUGGCAGGAGUAUCGCGACAUUGUCGCUUCCGUCGUCAUGGUUUGUCCAAACCUGGAGCGUCUUUUGGGCUUGUCCAUUCCAUAUCACCACGAGUUUGAUCGUCUGACCCAUGCCCUGUCUACUCGCAAGAAGUUGAAAGAGCACACGUGGAUUUUGGGGGAGGCUGCACAAGUAUCCGAGGUGUCUCCCAGGGACGACUCUUGUCCUGGAAGCUUGGGGCCCUCGCAAAUGUUCGAGUUUCUGGAUUACCACACAUCUUGGACAAAUUUGGAAACGCUAAUGCUUUAUGGAUUGAACGGCAAUGGGGCGCUGGAGCCCAGUAUUUGCCUUCGCAUGUUCGAUCGUCUUCCUUCAUUGCGAAACUUGUGCAUUUCCUCCUUCAACAAAGACUCCUUUGAUGAUAACACAUUGCUGUGCCUACCGCCAUUGGAGUCGUUAAGACUGGAGAACUUGGCUGGUGUCACAGACACCGGUCUCGUGCAGUAUACCUCGAGACCGGAAUCAUCCUCUCUCAAAACCUUCGUCUUGGUGGAGCAGAAGAUCGAGUCCUUGUUGGUCAUCUCCAAGAUUCUCUCCUCACUACGACAGCUGGAACGCUUCAAGAUUGUUCAGAUGGAACAAUGCCCAACAUUACCAGACGAAGACAUGAUUUUCCAACCUCUCCUUGCCUCGCCGACCCUAAAAUACCUCCACUGGGAUGUCGCUUGCCCAGACCCUCACACAGCCCUCACUCAACUCGAUACCCUCCCUUUCCAAAAAACCACGAAACCCUCCAACACCCCCAACUUCCAUCUCGCUCAAAGUAUCAUUUCCGCCGGCUUUCCGCAACUGGAGGCCCUCCGCGCACCCUCCGACGUGGAACCCCCAGGUAUCCUCCAAGCUGCCUGCCGACCUAUCACCAAAGGCCAGGCCCUCCUCCGCCCAGACCGAUACAGUCUACCUCGCAGCUCUCACGGAUCCGUGAACACACGCCCGCUCGCACUCCCUGCAGGAAACAACCUGACAUCCGCACGAAUUCGUGCCCAAACCUUCAUCGACAUGGCGGCCAAGGACACCGAAGCAGGCAUGUCAGUCCUCAUCCAGGACUGGUCAGACGCCUACAUCCCCGACAACGCCCAAUCAUCCCAAUUCGAAGAAGAACCCGACCAAGAAAUGGACGACUACGGCAUCUGGGCUGCCUGCGAGCGCUACAAGCACCAGGAAAACGACCACAGCGGACCGAAAACAGUCUACCAAUUCAACAUGCCCACAUUCAUGGGCAGAAGCGGUAUUCGGGAUCCUGCAACAGGCGCCUCAAUCCCCCACUUCGUUCUCCGCCCUGACAUCACAGGCCAGGAGUCCGAUGGCGGCUUGAUCGGUUGGAAGCAGCUGCUUGCCUCGAACCAGUCGCUUUCAUAUGCUGCGGGCGUUGGCGUCAAUUGCUUCGGCGGUGGCAAUCCUCCGUUACUUUCUCCUCCCCUUCCACCCGAUGAACCGAUGUCGCCUGCUUCCAGCACGUCGAGGUUUGGCUGGGGCAGUUUGAGUGGCCGGUCGAUGAUGAGCACGUCGCCAGCGACACCUACGACGCCAAUCACGCCGAUCAGCAGUUUUGGUGGCUCAGCUUUGCCGUGGGACAAGGAUACCUGCACUGGAUCAUGGAAUCAUAAAAUGGGCCGGGAUUGGUGGUUCCAUAUGGAGCGUGAUCGUCCUGGCAAUUCGGAGCUUAUUGAUGUUAAGCAGCUCUUUUGA